UUCGCCACAAACCGCUGUGUCAUUACCUUCCACUCACGCGGAGAGACGCAGCAGCAUGAGCGGUGCAUACCCUCCGGUGAAGGUGAUGAGCUACAACAUCUUGGCUGAUGAGCUCUCCUCCAACUUCGUGCCACGCACCAUGGAGGAGCCAUCCCACGCGGUGCUUGAGGAGGUCUUCGGCACCGAGGACACCGCGGCCCAGUGGCGGGAGGUCAACCAGGCUCUCCAUGAGGAACAUAGCCGAAAGUGGCAUCCCAUGAAGACCAUGGUCACCACCCCGGAGGGCCGCAAGAUCAAAGUUCGAGGACUUUGGGACCAAGUAGACCUCACCGUUUUGGCUGAGAAGGGCUGGCAACUGGAUGGUGUCAAGGUGGAGAAUGCCAGUACACUGGAGGGUGCAAAGACCUUCCUUGGAGUUAUACAGCAAUUCCUCGACCAGGAGCGGGCCGGGCGGCUCUACGCGGCGGUGCAGAAGGUCCAUGUGAACUCCCGGACCUGGGAGGUGCGUGGCCAGAGAAUCUUGGAGCGGCUAAGACAACAAGAGCCCACACUGGUGGCCUUCCAGGAGUACGAUGUCCAUGGCCUGGCCACAGGUGACUGGGGAAGCUUCCGGGAAGCCCUGGAAGGCCUGGGCUAUGAAGGUGCAGUAUUCCUAGGUCCAGGGCAGGAGAAAGUGGGCGUCGGCCUUUUUUGGCUGCGCGCCCGUGCCAAGCUCUUGGCCGGCGAUGCAUUGCCUGAGGACCGGAUGUGGCCCUGCGGCCUGGAGAGUGGCUCUUUGGGCAACGUCGACCUCCAGGAGCCCUUGGAGCGAGCGAUGGAUAGAAGGCCCUUCUGCUACGCCAAGCUUCUGGUGGACGACGUCCCGCUCUUCUUUUGUGGCACCCAUUUGAUGACGAGCUCCAGGGACAAGGAUGGUCAGAUCCGAAAGCAGGAGCUGAUCACGAUUCGCCGGCUACUGGAGGAGCGCGUGGAGGCUCCAGUGAUCUUUUGCGGGGAUUUCAACAUCAACUGCCGGAACUGUGCCGAGGAGCAUAUUUUCGAAGGCACCGGACACCAGCGAGACGAAGAGACGCAGGUGGGCCGCCUUUGUUGGCGCAAGCUGGGCGGUGUGGCGCUGGUGUUGCGUGAUGCCUAUGCAGAGGUCAACACCCUUGAGGACUUCUCUUCUACACGCACCGGCAUCCGUUUGGAGACAGUGGACUACAUCUUCUAUGAGGAAGAGGCCUUCAGGCUCCUGGAGCGCAGUGAGCUCCGAUGCCCUGCGGAAGCGAUGCCGAACGCACAGGAGCCGUCGGACCACAUCCCGCUGAUGGUGACCCUGGAGCGGACCUCGUGACGGAGCAGGUCGGGGACCUCCCAUCGCUGGUGGAGACGACGACCGCUGAUGCCGGGGAUUCAAACAGAUCAGUUAAGGCACCGGUCCAGACAGCUUCAAGCUUUUGGAUCCAUUUGGAUCUUGAUGGAUCCCGUCUUUUUCAGUGUUUUUUCUUAUCUUACGUUU